AUGAGUACCGCAUUUCACGAGGCUGAUACAAUUGCCCAAGUCAACCAGCUUUCAUGGCAAUUGCUGCAAUUCCUGUGGUCCCACAACCCCCCGUCAGGAGGCACUGCUGUGUCCCCAGUAUCCAUCGCGACAGCCGUCUGCAUACUUGGGGGCUUUGCGGAUGGGGAAGUGCCGGCCAGUAUCGACUCGAUUCUGCAAUCGAUUCCAUCGUCGUCCACGAUUACCUGGAAGAAGGGUGUAUUCACCGGCAAAAGGCCCACCUUCUCCCCCAGCUUUGCCAGUUCCGUGAGCAGAUAUGGUCCUAUGAUGGUCCUUCGGGAGUCGACUUUGGAAAACCUCAUCUACGAGAUUGAUCAAUAUUUCAUGACAGAGGAUCCCAACAGAUCAAUUGACAUGAAGCUUUCUCCUGAGAGCCUCACCGCGAGCCACGACGCGACUUCCGCCAGCUCGCACAUCGUUCUGGCCAGUGCCCUGAUGAUUUCACUGCCAUUCCACCAUUUGUUCUCACCCAGCAAGAUCGCGAAAACUACGUUCAAUCUCUUGGAUGGUACAACUGCUCAGAUUGACAUGAUGCACUGCACCAACCAACAGUUGCUUGUGAAGCAUCAUGCGGCAUACACAGCAGUCCGCCUUCCCUUCGGAGCGCAGGCCCACCCAAACUACUCGUUGAUUGCAUACCUGCCUCGGACGCGCCAUUCAGUGGAACAUCUCCUCAGGUUUUCCUCUGUCCAAGCCUCCAGCACUGAGGGCUUUACCAAGACCUUCGUCAGCACAUUCGUUAUCCCGAAAUUCCACACCAAGGCGAGGUAUAACCUGAAAGAUAUCCUCCCACUUUUAGGAUUGUCUCUUCCCCAGAAAUAUUCGCACGUCACCCUGGAUGGGGACACCGCGGUAGACCAAAUGCUGCAGGGCGUUUCCGUUGUCUUCGAUCCGUGGAGCGUUCGUGACCCCCAACCUCCAUCGCCUCCAACACUCCAUUCCGAUCUACCACGCAUGGACUCUCUAUGUUUCAAUUGCCCAUUUGUGUUUACGAUCAAAGGGCGUGAGGCGGACGUACCAUUAUUGUGCGGGGUGUUUGAUCGCACCGAAAGUGAUUGA